AGUCUACUUGUCUCAGACACCCCGCGUUCUCUGUUCCUCACCCCUGGAGCCCCGACUCCUCCAUCGGUGGAGAGUUGCACACACCUGAUAUACCCUCUCCCGCUCCCCCAGUCGGUCCGCCCUCUUCGAGUUGCCGAACUUGUUUUCUCCCUCCCCUCCCGGACACGUACACCAUGGCUCGGCUUUCAUCUGCCCUCCGGGCGUCCGUCCUUUACGGCCUCCUCGCCGCGACCGGCGCACCUCUCGCACAAGCUGUCUUACCGACUGCCCAACCAGUCCAUCAACGGGCGCCCCACGUGGAUCCCUCUGUCUCGGAUCCUAACCCGGCCACCAUUACUGCCGUAUCAAAAUGUCAUAUGCAUGGUACAGCGCAAUACUGCCAAGCAGGUACUUCUGAGUUUAGGAUAUCGGGCGACGUCACCGCCUCGUCCUACACUGAAUGCCACAACCAUGGCGCCGACAUGUAUUGCAUGGCCCCUGCCGGCGAGGUACAAGUCGUUGCCGCACAAACCGACGGCCCAACGCCAACUCAGGCCUCCGUGACGAGCUUCACUGCCAUCACUGACUGUCAUCCGCAUAGUACUUUACUCUACUGUAUGGUUGGCACAGUUGAGUACGAGGUGCACACCACCAUAACGGUUACCCAAGAUAUCCCACCCGCUUUCACGGGUUGCCACAGCCACGGACCCGACACCUUCUGCAUUGGCCCCAACGGGGACGAGGUGGAAGUCCAUACCGCCGGACAGGAGGACGAAGGCGAGAACCACGAGGGUGGACCCUUGGGACAGGACUGUCACUUUCAUGCCGGUUUCGAGCACUGCCCUGGCGCUGAAAACACCUGUGAGCGCGUCGACAGAGACUACAACAUCAAUCUUCGCGUCGGCCUGCUAUUCGCCAUGCUCGCCACCAGCGCCAUUGGUGUCUUCAGCCCGAUCCUCGUGGCUUCCUAUGUCUCGCCGAGCCACCCCGUCUUCACCAUCCUCCGGCAAUUCGGUACUGGCGUCAUCAUCUCGACCGCUUUUGUUCAUCUCUACACACAUGCCACCCUCAUGUUCACAAACGAGUGCCUCGGCGAGCUCGCGUACGAGGCCACCUCGUCCGCCAUUCUCAUGGCUGGUAUCUUCCUCUCCUUCCUAGUCGAGUACUGCGGGAGCCGCCUCGUCCAGUGGCACGAGGCCAAAGCCAAGUCAAGCAUUGUCGAGUCGGCCGGACACGGCCAUGCCGCCCCCGCUGCCCGUACCGACAUGGUCAACAUCGCCGUCCUGGAGGCAGGCGUCAUCUUCCACUCCCUCCUCAUCGGCCUCACCCUGGUCGUCGCCGGCGACAGCUUCUUCCUCACCCUCUUCGCCGUAAUCGUCUUCCACCAGAUGUUCGAAGGCCUCGCCCUCGGCACGCGCAUCGCCGCGCUCGGCCGCCCCUCCCCAACCUCCGCCCCGGCCACCGGCCACGGCCACUGCCACGGCCCCACCCCCGCCGCAGCGCCCAUUACGGAAGAGCCCAAGACGGCGCGCGCGGCGACGGACACCUCCAGCAGCAGCACGCACACGGCCGUCCCCAGCCUGGACGGCCCUCCCGCCUCCCCCGCACCAACGCCCGUCUCGAUGCGCAAGAAGCUGCUGCUCGCGCUCGCCUUCGCGCUGGUGACCCCCCUGGGCAUGGGCAUCGGCAUCGGCGUGCUGCAGAACUUCAACGGCAACGACCCGUCGACCAUCAUCGCGAUCGGCACGCUGGACGCCUUCUCGGCGGGUAUCCUCGUGUGGGUGGGUGUUGUGGAGAUGUGGGCGCACGACUGGAUGCUGGGCGGGGAGAUGACGCGCGCUGGGCCGGUCAGGACGGUGAUGGGGCUGGUGGCGUUGGUGGUGGGUAUGGCGGUGAUGAGUUUGUUGGGGAAGUGGGCUUGAGGGUUGUUUGGGUGGGUUUAUGAUGAGGGGGGUGGUUGUUAAAAAUGUGGUUUCCAAUGGGGUCGGGUGCGGAGUUGGUGUGUUUACAUUGGGGGUGUUUGGCGUUGGGGUGGAAUAUUGGGAUAUUUCAUACCCAUCUGGUUUAUGCUCAUAAGUACAUUGCAACAUCUCCCCCAAGUAAAGGGCGGAAUACCAAAAACAAUCAAAUGCACAUCAUCAAAACUG